AUGCCUCCGAGGACUCCGCCCGUCAAGCCACGCACCCCAUCCGUGCCGGUGGUCCCUGCAGCACCAGAGGAGAAUGCGCUGGUGCAGGCACUGGAGCAGAAGGACGUGGUGCUGGCCAGCACGGCCGAAAAGCUUGACAGGCUGACAUCCGCGCAGGCUGCGCUGAACGGGGAGCGCCGCUUGCUGAGCAGCCAGCUGCGUGACGAGCGCACUCAGUUUGGUGACAUCGCUGGCUACCUGAAGCACGCUCUGGAUGAGCAGACGGCUCGCGCCGAGGGCCUCCAGGCGAGGCUGGCCGAGGCGCAGGCGGCGCUGCAGGCCGCCGCAGCGGCGGCACAGGAGGCAGCCCGUGCCGCGGAGCAGCGGCAUGCUGCCGAGGAGGCGCAGUGGCAGGCGAGGCUGGAGGAUCAGGGAGAUCGCCUGAAAGAGGCAGAGGAGUUCUCGGAAGAGCGAGCCGCUCUGCAGGCCCGAGCCGACCAGCUGACGGCCCAGCUGGAGGCGGCGGCCCAAGCCCACCAUAAACGCCAGCUGGACCUGGAGCGCAAGCACGCCGGCGACCGCGAGGUGUGGCGCCGCGACACGCAGGCCGCGGUGCGGGCUGCGCGGGAGGAGAUGGCGGCCCUGGCCGACCAGCGCCUGGACGCCACCACGCAGCGCACCAUCCUGGACAACGAGUCGAUGGCAGCCGAGCUGCAGUACCAGGGGCGGUACGUGCAGGGCCUGCUGUCCCGCAACACAGCGCUGCAGGCGGAGGCGGAGGAGCAGCGCCUCGCCCUGGACAUCAGCCGGGCGGGUGAGGAGGAGCUGGCGCGCAAGGGGCUGGCGUGCGAGAGGGUGGCAGACAGCUUGAUGGCGCGGCUGGCGGCAGUGGAGGCGCAGCGAGCGGAGGACGAGCAGGCGCUGGACGAGGAGCGGGAGCGGGUGCGGGAUGCGCGGGAGGAGGCUCGGCGGACAGACUCGCCGCCGCCUGCUGCUCCGAGGUGCAGGCGGGAGCUGAAGCAGGUCAAGGCCGGGCAGAGCGAUGCGGCCGGCUUCCUGCUCAAGUGCCUGGCGGACGUGCGGCAGGAGCUGCUGGCGGGCCGGGAGCGUACCGUGCUGGUGGCUGCCGCCGCCGUCAAGGGCAGUCCAACUCAGCAGCAGCAGCAGCAGCAGGCAUCCAGCGAGGACGGCAGAGCAGGAGAGGCAUCCCCGGCUGCUGCGGUUGCGGCAGCAGCUGCGGCGGAAGCCAGUGCUGCGCCGCUGCUGCUGGCGGAGCUAUCGGUGCAGCAGCGGCAGGCUACGCUGCAUCGGCUGCUGCAGCUGGUGCGGCCAGACUGGCAGGACAGCGAGGGCCUGGUGCUGCACUCCAGCAGCUCUCCCUCCACCUCCUCGAUCAGCCUGCUGGCAGAGGCCAGCUCCGUGGCCUGGUCGGCACGCGGGGUGCCAUCCCAGCCCAGCGCUCGCACCCUGGCAGGGAAGGAGCAGGGCUGCCACCCGGGGCGCCUGGCGGCCUGCCCCCUGCAGGCGGCGUCGUUUGCGUGCAGCGGCAGCGCGGGGUGCUUGGCGGGUGACGACGGCGGGGCGGCGGGCUGCAAGCCGGCGCCAGCGCCUGCCAGCGCCGAGCUGAUGCAGCGGGUGCGGUCGGAGGUGCGGCCCUGGGGAGAGGGGGGGGCCAGCCCUCGAGGCGGCGCCAGGCCGCCGCGCGAGCGGGGCUGA